AUCUGAUAAACGUUGUUCUGCCAUCCGCAUCCCUGCCUCAUUGUGCUAAUAUAUUACAUGGUGUCAGAAGUUAAACGGUUAUACAAGGAAAGCGCAACAUUCCGAAACAUGGAACAAAUGAGACCACCAACUACUCUGAACCUAGAGGGAAAUCUAGUGUGGGUCCAGAAAUUCAACCUUUACUAUAUAUCAUCGCCAGUGGCAUCUCCGAGAAAUCCGCCACAUUCCUGCACGUUGCCGGAGAUGAUGGAAGCAAAGUAUUCAAUACUUUCGAUUUUGACGAACGUACUAUGAGCCAAGAAAAACCGCCUCAGGAAAGUCCGAUAUCUUUUUUACGACAGUGUAAGGACAAACAAAGUCAAUUGAUGCGUAUGCGACUGAUCUAAAAAAUGACUUGAGUUUCAACAAUUUACCGAGUCACUGAUACGGGACGGAAUUGUGUGUGAAAUCACAAAUGACCAAGUGCGAGGCAGAUUACUCAGAAACACUGGAAAUAAACAACCACACAUGUACUGUUAAGCUGGAUACAGGAGCUGAAUGUAAAGUCUUGUCCGGGAGAGACUUGAAAACGCUGAAGGUGAAAGUGAGUGGCGAUUCCAUGCAAAAAUCCCACCGCAAACUAGGGACGUUUUCUGGCCACCAGAUAGAUCAAAAAGGCAAGAAAACACUCAACUGCCAAUACAAAGAGAAAGUGUUUGACCUGGAAUGUCAAGUGAUAGAACAAGAUGCACCUGCAAUACUUGGAAGAUCAGCUUGUCUGCAAAUGGGUUUAAUACCGAGAAUAUUCCAGCUUGAACAAAGGACAGACACUGACAUUUUGAGUGAAUAUAAAGAUGUAUUCACAGGACUUGGAUGUGUUCCAGGGGAUAAUAUAUUACACCUUUUUGGUAUUUAAAUCCCAUUUUAGCUCGAAGCGUGUUCGGUUAUCCUACAGACUCAACGAAUUGCUACAUGGUACUUGAAGGAGAAUUGGAGGUUAAUCAUUUAGUACUCUGUUUAGAUUGAGCACAUCUAAACUAAAGCUAUACUUCGUCAUGACAUUAUAAACGGAUGGAUGUGUUCCAGAUGAGGAAGGCCAUCGACUGGCUGAAUUUGGCGGUCUGGGGUGUAGGUCAUUGAUUUGAAAGCGUUAUGAAAUGUGACCGUGUGUAAUCCUGUAUCUCCAGUGACAAUAAUGAUACACGAUUUCCUGAUUUUUCACAGGCAGACUACUAACACGUUACAUGGGAGGAAAUGUUUUAUUUUACCCACUGAUAGAACAUAGGCUUUCACUAAAUUGACAGGAGUUUCAUGGUUUCAGCAUAGUUGCCGCCUCAUUUUGUCAUUUGGAAAGUGAAAGUAAAAUAGUCCAAACGCUAACCAAGGCAAGUCUACAGGUCAGUUCAUCUCGAUACAUCAAAACUCCUAAGAACAAAUCCAGUGUGUGGGUCUUCCAGUGAGUUGGAGAGGAUUGAGGAACCAUGGCACAGUUUGAAACCUUGAUAUGGACUAUACCUAUUAUAUUGGUGCUUGAAAGCAUCGGGUCCUGUAUUGCAUGUGGUAGAGCUGAGUACAGAAUAGGGGAUGAAUGUUGUCCCAUGUGUUCACCAGGAAAUCAUGUACAUAAGCAUUGUACUGAAUUCACCAGUACCAGCUGUGUGCCCUGUGUUGAUUCUACAUUCCUUGAUGAGCCCAAUGGUCUCAUAAAAUGCAAAGUGUGUACCAACUGUGAUCCAGGUUUGGGUUUGAUGGUAAAGCAGUCAUGUAGACCUUCAUCAGACACUGUCUGUGGGACACUGGAGGGGUUCUACUGUCUAGACCCAACUAAGGAUGGUUGUAGAGCAGCCCAGAGACACAGCAGCUGUAAACCUGGUCAAUACAUCAGCCACACAGGAACAACAUCUACAGAUACUGUGUGUUCUGACUGUACUGGUGAUACCUAUUCAGAUGGAUCAUUUACAUCCUGCCAGACAUACACACAAUGUGAUACCUUGAAGCUUCAGCAAAUUAAACCUGGAACUCAUUGGUCCGACUCUGAAUGUGGACCACAAACCUCACCUAUAGCUACAUUAAUAUUUGGUGUGGUGGUGGUACUCGCUGUGAUAGCAGCCGUGACGAUGGCAGCUAUUAUGAAAAGAAGAAGAAAACACCAAAGAUCCUAUAACACGUGAGAUUAUUUUGGGGGAAUUGUACAUUUAUUGUUUAAGUGAGAAAUAUCAAAUAGCGCUAAAUGAAAUGAAAUGUUAUUUGUCACAUGCGGCGAAUACAACGGGUGUAAUGCUUGCUAACGAGCCCUUCCAAACGAUACAGUUAAAAAAUAAAUACAAAUAGUAACACGAGGAUUCAGAUAAAAUACACAAGAACGGCGCUACCUACUCAUUCCAGGGUUUUUCUUUAUUUUUACUAUGUUCUACAUUGUACAAUAAUAGGUGAAGACAUCAAAACUAUGAAAUAACACAUACAGUGGGGCAAAAAAGUAUUUAGUCAGCCACCAAUUGUGCAAGUUCUCCCACUUAAAAAGAUGAGAGAGGCCUGUAAUUUUCAUCAUAGGUACACGUCAACUAUGACAGACAAAAUGAGAAAAAAAUAUCCAGAAAAUCACAUUGUAGAAUUUUUUAUGAAUUUAUGUUUGAGAGCGAGAGAGUCAGAGGGAGAGCGAGACUUGAAUGGAACAUGCAGUUUGUCUUUACCUGUUUUUUUUGUUUUUUAAAUUAUUUUUUUAAACAAAGCAAACAUUUACUUCAUAAUUAUCAGCUAGAUAUGAGAAUCGUAAAUGUAGCUAACCAGAUAGGUCAUUUUUGCCUGUUAAACUAAAAAUAAUAUUUUGCAAGAUGUAAAUUAUUCGUAGCGAUCAAUUAACAGGUGUGCCUUGUUAAAAGUUAA